AUGGCCGAAGAUCCAGAAUCGCGCCGGCUCAUGCUGCGUCGUACAGCUUUAUUAGCCGCGCUGGAUCGAGCAGGACAGUUUUUGGCUGCAUAUCAGGAUGACCGGGAUAGGCUCGAGGUGGCGUUACGUAUUGAAAAUCUUGACACCAUUUGGCAGGAGCUGGAUGACAUUCAGUCUGACUUGGAGUGCACCGAAGAGACGGACGAGGGUAUGUCGUUGAAUCAAGAAAUUCGUUCCAAAUAUGAAAGUGACUAUUUUAAAAUAAAGGCCGGCAUGCUCUCAAAGUUGCCUCCUACUAUUCCUUCUACCAGUAUUUCUCAUCCCUCUCCCCCUACGGUUUCCUCCAGUCUCAAGGGUCUAAAACUUCCAACAAUUUCUUUACCGGAGUUUGAUGGCGACUUUAAAGAAUGGUUAACAUUCCAUGACACGUUUCUAGCGCUAAUCCAUUCUAAUCAGGACGUACCAGCAAUCCAAAAAUUCCACUAUCUUAAAUCCGCUGUUACCGGUGAGGCUGCACAGAUGAUUGAAUCAUUUGCAAUUAGUGCUGCAAAUUAUCCGUUGGCUUGGCAAGCGUUAAUAUCCAGAUAUGCGAAUGAGUACCUCCUGAAAAAGAGACAUAUGCAGGCAUUGCUGGAAAUUCAGCGUGUGAAGAAGGAGACAACAGCCGCUCUUCACGGGAUCGUCGACGAUUUCGAGCGACAUACUAAAAUUUUACGACAGCUCGGAGAACCAGUGGACACAUGGAGCACGAUGUUGGAGCAUUUGCUGUGUGUCCGUCUUCCUGACGAUUCUCUCAAGGCGUGGGAGGAUCAUGCGUCUACAAUCGAAAAUCCAUCAUAUCAGGCCCUGAUUGAAUUCCUGCAUCGUCGAAUCCGUGUUUUGGAAUCCAUUUCCGUCAACCACGCUCAACCGUUACAGCAGUACGCUACAUCCUCUCAUGUGUCGGCUCAUAAAUUAUCCAAUGUAAAAUCAUCAUCCAAUUCUGCACUCAAUGUUCCACCUAACAAAUGUUAUGCUUGUGAGCAGCGUCAUCCAAAACGUCAUCAUUCGCUACUGCACUCAGGUUUUGAAGAAAAUCCUGAUCCGUUUACUCGCAACUCAUCCAGCUUAGGUAAGCUACCUUGUCUGACGACUAAUGUUAAUUUGGCAACGUCGUCGGAAUCUUCGUCAUCACCAAUCCUAUCUGCGGCCACAUCCCUCCAAGCGGCUGAUAUCAAUUGUAGUUUACCCGUACAAAAGAUCGAGAAGAAUGUUUUUAUGCUGACGGCGGUCGUUUCAGUCGUUGAUCGCUAUGGUCAAAAUCAUUUGGUGCGUGCUCUUCUGGAUUGUGCAUCCCAACCAAAUUUAGUUUCCGAGCGAAUGGCUCAGCUGCUGCGGUUAAAACGUACAAAGGCAAAUGUUUUGAUCCAAGGAAUCGGAGGACAGCCACAAAACGCAAAAGAAUUGGUGAACAUCAAGGUCCAUUCACGGAAGGAAGAGUUUUCGCUAGAUGUAGAAUUUUUGAUUCUUCCGAAGGUUACUCCUGAGAUUAUUGCACGAAAUGUCUCCAUUGAUCACUGGAAGCUUCCUCCGAAUAUUUUCCUCGCUGAUCCUCAAUUCCAUAGGCGUGCACCGAUCGACAUGAUUCUCGGAAUUGAGCAUUUCUUCUCGUUCUUCAACACGGCAAAAAGAAUCAACCUACACGAAUCUCGUUCUAUGCUGAUUGAUAGCGUCUUUGGAUGGCUAGUAUCCGGUUCGAACAGUAUCGUUACUCCAGCAGAACAAAAUCAUUUGUGCCAUAUUGUGACAGUUUCUUUACUCACCCUGGAACAAAGCAUCGAACGAUUUUGGCAGGUGGAAGAGUUGCAAACCCAAUCAAAUUAUUCUGAAAACGAGAAGUUAUGUGAAGAGAUGUACGUGAAUACCACAACAAGAACUACCGAAGGUCGAUACAUGGUCCGCCUACCGCGCCGGACGAACUUCAAUGAGAUGGUAGGAAGUUCCAAACCAGUAGCUAUUAAUCGAUACCAACUCUUGGAGAAAAGACUAUCUCGUAAUCCGGAACUGAAGGAGGAUUAUCACAGAUUCAUGUCGGAAUAUCUCUCCCUCGGACACAUGCAGUGUAUUCGAGAGGAUGACAGAUUAAAUUCUUAUUCUUAUCUUCCGCAUCAUCCAGUUGUGAAGGAAUCCAGUACGACUACAAAAACUCGUGUCGUUUUUGAUGCAUCGGUAAAAACCUCAACAGGCUUCUCACUCAAUGAAGCACUGUUAGUAGGUCCUGUAGUGCAAGAUGACCUCCUAUCAAUAAUCCUUCGGUUUCGCACAUUUCCUGUAGCGCUAGUGGGAGACAUAGCAAAAAUGUACCGUCAAAUACUCCUCCAUCCAGACGACACCUGUUACCAAAGAAUUUUAUGGCGCUUCCGUCCAACAGAUUCCAUCGAAAGCUACGAGUUAAAAACUGUAACGUACGGUUUGAGCCCCUCAUCAUUUCUGGCGACCCGCACAUUGCAACAGCUCGCCACUGAUGAAGGUGACAAGUUCCCAAUAGGAAAGGUAGCUCUUCAAAGAUGUUUUUAUGUCGAUGACUUUAUUGGUGGAGCCCAAUCGGUCGCUGAAGCAAUUCAACUUCGAACAGAACUUAGUGAACUGUUAGCUGAAGGCGGUUUUGCCCUACGUAAGUGGACGUCAAACAAACUCCAAGUUCUGUCUGGACUAUCACAAGAUGAAAUUGGCACACAGACGUCGAUCAAGUUUGAUACAAAUGAAAUGGUAAAGCCGCUUGGUAUCUCGUGGGAACCCGAAUCCGAUAGCCUCCGAUUCGACUCUAGAAUCCAUCAGCACAAAGAGGUGCCAACAAAACGUUCGAUACUGUCAGCAAUUUCUCAGUUGUUUGAUCCUUUAGGAUUAAUUUCUCCGAUAAUCGUCAAAGGAAAGAUAUUGACGCAGCACUUAUGGCUUCUUCCGUGUUCGUGGGAUGACGAAGUACCGGACCAUAUCGCAAAUUCUUGGACAAAUUUAGCGGCUGAACUUCCUAAGCUGGCUAAUUUUCAUGUCAGUCGCUACGCACUUCUACAAUCAUCUAGUGUUCAGCUCCAUACAUUCUGCGACGCAUCAGAAUCAGCAUACGGAGCAUGUGCGUAUGCAAGAUGUGUAAACUCUGUCGGACAGGUGAGAGUACAACUUCUAGCAUCUAAAUCACGGGUCGCGCCAUUGAAGAAAAUCACGCUACCGCGCCUAGAGCUAUGCGCCACCGAAGUUGGAGCAAAGUUGCAUGCUAAAAUCUACAAGGCGCUGCAAGUUCCUGUCACUGGCUCUUACUUUUGGUCAGACUCUACAGUUGCUCUACAGUGGUUGCGGGCUCCUCCAAGUACCUGGAAAACUUUUGUGGCUAACCGGUUUUCGGAAAUACAAAGUUUAACACAUGGCGCAUUUUGGAACCACGUCAAAGGCACGGAUAACCCCGCAGAUCUUGUAACCAGAGGUAUGGACGUUGAUGAGUUUUUGAGCAACAGAGCAUGGACAAAUGGUCCUGAUUGGCUGUCUUAUCCUGAAACUGAAUGGUCAGUUUCAAAGCUACCCGAAUAUCCGAAGGACGGAAAGGAACGUCGGAAAAUGAUUGUUGCUGUAACUAAGAUGAAGGUUAUGUCCAUCUCCGUAAAUCCAAUUUUCGCACGAUUUUCAUCAUACGAGCGUAUGCUUCGUUCUACAGCUUAUGUCUUACGUUUUAUCGCCAAUUCACGUAACAAAGCCCGCACACAAUCAUCCUCUUUCGUAGGACCUAUUUCCAGCAUAAGACUCACAGUAAAUGACCUGAAUGCUGCAGAUCGUAUGUUAGUUCAGCUCGCGCAGGAAGACGCAUUUCACGAUGAAAUAAACCCUGAGGGAACCAUCCGAGUGGGGGGAAGACUGAGGCUUUCAAACCAACCGUUCCUUACCAAGCAUCCAGCAUUACUUCCAAGCAAUCAUCCUUUAUCCCGACUCAUUGCCAAAUCCUACCAUCUGAAACUCAUUCACGGUGGCGGCCGCCUAACGCUUGCCGCCAUGCGAGAGAAAUACUGGCCAUUACAAGGGCGACGAUUGCCCAACAAAUUGGACAACUUCCUCUACAUCGAAUCACACCCAGCCGACCGUUCACCGUAUCAGGAGUGGAUUAUGCGGGCGGUGCAUAUCGAGUUGGCAAGCGACCUGUCGACUCAGGCUUUCCUGUCUGCUCUUCGCCGGUUCAUCGCUCGCCGAGGAAGACCAACCGACAUAUACUCGGACAAUGGAAAGAAUUUUGAAGGUGCUGCUAAUGAACUGGGAGAGGUUUACCGUAUGUUGCAGAAUGAUGUGGUAAUCAAUCAGAUCACAUCAGACAGUACUUGUGAACGAAUCACGUGGCAUUUCAGUCCACCGAAAGCUCCUCAUUUCGGAGGACUGUGGGAAGCGGCUGUGAAAGUGGCAAAACGACAACUAUACAGACAACUCGGAAACUCUAAAUUAUCUUUUGAGGACAUGGCUACCAUCCUAACACAAAUCGAGGCGAGCAUGAACUCACGUCCCAUAGUUCCGUUGAGCGAAGACCCGAACGAUGUCGCUGCAAUUACACCAGCUCACUUUCUGAUCGGAGGUACCAUGCACUCACUGCCCGAACCAAAUCUGUUCCGGAUAUCAUUGAAUCGUCUUGAUCACUACCAACGCCUUCAACGCACCUAUCAACAAUUCUGGCAUCACUGGAGGACGGAGUAUUUGCAGGAGUUGCAAAAGGACACCAAAACAUGCAACCCCAAUACUGAUAUUCAGCCUGGUAGGUUGGUCGUUCUGAUAGACGAGUUGCAGAUACCGGUGAAGUGGCCGCUAGCUAGAAUUGUUGCUAUUCAUCCAGGGAAGGAUAAGCUAGUGCGAGUCGUUUCGCUGCGUACCAGCCGAGGAGUUAUCACGAGACCUGUCACAAAAAUUUGCUUACUUCCGACGGAGGAAAGUCAGAAUGCAAUCUCUACUAAGGACUCUUCAGUAACGAAUAGUUCGACGGCAAGACUAGACGAUCACGAAUGA